AUGAACCGAUACCCAGUCGCAUCAUCGCUCCUCCUCGCCGUGGCCGUCGCGGUCAACCACGACUGCCCGCACCAGGCUAACGGCUGUGGCGGCACCGCGGAGGAGCGGGCUGAGGAGGCGAAGCGGCGCGCAAGGCUGGUCAGCCUUGACGCGCCAUGGAAUGAGGUCCGUGAGGCUGUGGUCGACGCGUGCGGGCUCCAGGUGCAGCAGUCCACCUCGCACUGCUUCCAGGACUUCAACCACGUCGACUGCUGCACGAUGGACUCCACGCGGCAGCACGAGACCAACGAGGCGUCCCGCGUCGCCGGCAUGCAUGCCGUCAACUACCUCGGCUCGCACAUCGUCGACGCGUCCAUCAGCGAGCGCGGGCCCGGCGGCUCGUGGUGCACCUGCCAGAUCUCCUCUCCGGAAGACGUCUGCCACCGCCAGUUUGGCGCGCGGACCGCCUUCAAGCUCGUGUGGUGCCGAGGGACGGGCUUCGCGGCGCUGCUGGACGACUACGCCAACGUGCUCUCACACGGCAAGCCGACGAGCGCACGGGGGGAGCCGCCGGCGAUGGGCGGAGCGCGAGCGCGAGAGCAGUCGUGGCGCGUGCUGGACGAGUCGAAGAACGCGUCGUGGGCGAGCCGCUGGCGCGCCGCGUGCGACGAGGUGCAGUACGGCGCCAAGGCAGAGGCGGCGGAGGCGGAGGAGCACGAUGAACUCUGA